ACUUCGCACGGUAAACAUCUUAAAAUCAUAUCAAUAUGAUAUUUUAACAUCAUGAAUUCUUGAUACUUGAUCUGAGAUUUAUAAUUUUCGAAUUGCAGUUUUGUAGUCUGGCAGUUGAAUUACACGAUCAGCCAGUCGUCAGGUGCACUCUCCAAUCUCAAUUUACCCUAUCGGCUUCUUAUCGUCAGCCCCUAAACGUCACUACAGAACGAACUGUACCAAGGAUCUCUCAGCAUCAUAGGCCACAUUACUGUACAACCAACCAACCUCGAACACUUAAAUUUCGAAGUCACUUCAACUUUCCACUUUCCCCUUUAACCGUUGCUCGUUAUACCACAUAUACGAUCUUUGAUUAUCAUUUUAGUCUGUAUCGUCAAAUAUGGCAUCUGCAUCCUCGGGAUCCUCUGCUUUUAACCCUUCGCCCGCUGCAUCGACGACCCCUUCCACUACCCCCGAGUCGUUACCUACCGCCUCUGCCGCAGCGGAGAAACCGCCAGAUGAUGGCUCGAAACUUAAGAUGUUCUUGGGAAUUUUGCGAAAGUAAGUCAUUCUACUUCUUCCAUCUGUCCUCGAAGAUGUGGAAGCAAAACACACCGCUAUCAACAAGGGGCAAUGCGACGAACUGUGGUUUCAGCCUCUGAAGCAACUUCAACGCCUGCCGCAGAGGCGUAUAGGUCUCAGAUGAUAGAUGACUGACAUUGCUUUCUCUCUUUACAUAGGUUCAUUGGAGUGGCAGAUAUUGCUUCCGUUCGAUUUAGUUUGCCGGCCCAGCUAUUAGAACCGACUCCCAAUCUCGAGUACUGGAACUACCUCGAUCAACCGAAUACAUUUGUGGCAAUAGGAGACUCGGACGAUCCAUUAGAUAGAAUGCUAGAAGUCUUGAGAUUUUGGUUUACGAAGGAUUUAAAAUAUGUCAAAGGAAAGCCUUGCAAACCAUAUAAUUCUACCCUUGGGGAAUUUUUCAGGGUAAGCAGUUGCAUCUAAAAUGGCAAGAUGGUAGUGGAGAAUACUGAUCUUUGAAUAGUGUAAUUGGGAGGUCGAGGACUCACAACCGGCUAUAGAGACGAUCAAAUUGAGCCCUAGUGCUUCGUCUUCGAAAAAGAACACUCCUAUGUCAUCAACAAAUGCGUCCAACGUUACAAUUCCUAAGCCAAAACCCGCCGGCAAAAAAGUUCGAGUAUCUUACUUAACGGAACAAACCUCGCAUCAUCCACCAGUCUCCGCAUUUUAUGUCGAUUGUCCGGAGAAGGGUAUUUCGGCUAGAGGAUUCGAUCAACUAUCGGCGAAGUUCACUGGAACGAGUAUCAAGGUUACACCAGGGGAGCACAAUUUGGGUAUCUUCAUUAAUAUUGAGAGGAGGGACAAUGAGCAGUAUCAACUCACACAUCCAGCAGCUCACCUUGGGGGACUUUUACGUGGAACUUUGAGCGUUACCGUGGGAGACCAGUGCUACGUAACCUGCACUCAGACUAAGAUCAAGACAAUUUUGCAUUAUGUCGAAGAAGGGUGGUUAGGAAAGACGCAAAAUAAAGUGGAGGGAGUAGUGUUCCGCUACGAUCCGGACAAUGAUAAUAAAACUAGGAUAAGAGAUGUCCCUGAUAAAGAUGUAUUGGCAAGAAUAUCUGGAAACUGGAAGGAUAAGCUAUACUUCGCUUUGGGGCCAAAGGGCGUAAGUUUUUUUUUAUGCAUUCAGAUGAUAAGUGCUAAUUUAAAAUUACCAGGACAAACCAAUUCUUCUAAUAGAUCUCAUGCCACUUCAAGUAGCACAUAAGAUUAUUCCUCCAACAGAGAAACAGCUACCCAAUGAAUCCCUCAAAUUCUGGUCGGGCGUCACAGAAGCCAUUAACUCUCGACAAUUUUCCCGAGCGACAGCCAUCAAACAAGAAUUAGAAGAAAGGCAGAGGGAGAAGGCUAAAGAGCGACAGGAUCAAGGGGUGGAAUGGCAACCGAGAUUUUUCACAGGAUCUGUUACACCAUUAGGUAAACCAGAUUUGACAGAUGAUGGAAAGGAGGUUCUACAUAUGUUACAACAGGGAGAAUGGGAUUUGAAGGAGAGUGAAGUUACUGGAGCUUAGAAUUUCGUUUUAAAGAUGCAUUUUCUCAUGAUAGAUGUCUUUCUGGUCUUGGAUGAUACCGAUCGAUACAUUUGUUGAUACAUGAUAUAUACAUACAUACAUUGCAUUGCAUUAUAUUAUACUAUAUUUUAUUACAAUGUAUUAUAUAAACGA